AUGGCCGCCAGCAACAAGUACUCCUCCCCCAGCUUCACCAGCCUGGUCGUGGAUGCUAUGAGAAAGCACUACCCCGAAGAGCUCGCAGACAGACGCUGGGACAACGUUGGUCUUCUCCUCGGUAAUAUCGAGACUCCGGCUUCCCGCCAGCCCAAAUCCCCCGUCGUUCUCCUCACAAACGACCUCACCUACGCCGUCGCGGAGGAAGCAAUCCAGAAGAACGCCAGCGUCAUCGUCAGCUACCAUCCCUUCAUCUUCUCCGGCCUCAAGUCAAUCACCACAAACGACCCGCAACAAGCAACCCUCCUCCUGCUUGCCGCCCAUGGAAUCGCAGUCUACUGCCCGCACACCGCCGUCGACGCCGCCCCCAACGGCCUCAACACCUGGCUCGGCGACAUCGUCUCCGGCGGCCCCGCCACCUCCUCCACCACCGCCGCGCCCUCCGAGCGCACCGUCGUCACCCCGCUCUCCUCCGCCCCCGCCGGCUUCGAGGGCUCCGGCUACGGCCUCCUCUGCACCUUCCGCCAGCCUGAGUCCCUCGCGGCCAUCAUCCGCCGCGUGGCCGAGCGCGUCGGCAUGCGCCGCGUUAUGGUCGCGAGCCCGGACCCGAAGCGGGUGUCGACGGCGCGCGUCGACGCCGUCGCCGUGUGUGCCGGCAGCGGGUGGGACGUCGUCAAGGGCGCGCGCGCGGACGUCAUCGUCACGGGAGAGAUGAGUCACCACAAUGCGCUCAAGGCCGUGCAGGAGGGCAAGACGGUCGUGACGGUGUUCCACAGCAACUCGGAGAGGGGGUACCUGACGGAGGUGAUGAAGCCCCUGCUGGAGGGCGAGUUGAAGGGUCAGGAGGCGGGUGUGCAGGUGUUUGUGAGCGAGGCGGACCGGGAUCCGUUUGACAUUAUUGACAUUUCGGAGUUGUAA